UCAUUCCCCCCAUAAAAAUCUCUUUCCUCAAUUUCUACACACUCCACAGUUCUCUUUCCACCACAUAGCAAAGGAGGGCAAACCACACGCGCAAGCAACGCUCCGUCGCCAUCAGUCGUUGCGUUUACUCUCAACUCUCACUUAUGGCUCAGUCCAUCAAGAAGGCUAAUCAUGUUGAUCACAUUGAUCGAAUAAGUGACUUACCAGGUAAUGUCAUUGAUGGCAUCCUAAAACACUUGAACAUCCCAGACAUAGUUAGUACCAGUAUUCUGUCUAGAAAGUGGAGGUAUAUGUGGAUGUCAGUCCCGGAACUUGAGUUUUGCUACGAAUGUUUCAGUAGGUUCGAGGAUCUUGAUGACCCUGGCCCUGAGAUUUCCAGAAUUAUCACGGAAGUUCUUUUCCUUCACAAUGGGCUGAUAUAUAAGUUUACUCUUGACAUCCCUUUCACGAUCAAAACUGAAUACCUCAAUAAGUGGAUUCUGUUUUUGUCAAGGAAGGGCAUUAAAGAUCUUGAGCUUCGGAACUAUGCAAGAAUUGACAAUAAAAUGCCAUCUCACAUUUUCUCUUGCCAAGAAUUGACUCACUUUCGAUUAUCCGGAUUUAAAUUGUCAGUUCCACCUAAUUUCUGUGGCUUCAAACAAUUGUUGGACCUUUGCUUAGAUCUAAAUACAUAUGAGUUUGGUGCACUUGAAAAUUUUAUUUCUUGCUGCCCAUUACUUGAAAAGCUCAGCAUGAUAUUGUUUGGAGAUAUGAAGUCAGUUUGUCUAAAAAAUGCAAAGAAUCUGAUUGAUCUUAGACUCAUGGUAGAACUGAAAAGGGCAUCUGGUUUGAUCAAAAGUUUGCCAAAAAUUCAUAGGCUUGCAAUAGAUUCACCAUUCUGCAACACGCUCUAUGCAGAUAUGAUUCCUCCAACACAGCUAAUAAGCUUAAAGUAUUUGAAAUUAUCUGGUGUGAAUUUGGAUGAAAAAAUAGAAGUUUUGUAUAUUGUUAGUGUACUCAAAAGUGCUUCUGACCUGGUGGAACUUGAUAUCAAGAAUUAUGAUGAUGAUCAUGAUGAUGAUGAUGAUGACGGUGAACAAGAGCCAGACCAACCGGAGCAGUUAGAAUGCAAUAGCUGUUGCCUAAGUCAACUUCAGACGGUGAAUAUCAGCGUCGGAACCAGCUUUAAACAUGCCAUGAGUUUGAUACGGUUCGUACUUGCAAAUUCCUCAUCUUUAAAGACCCUUACUUUUAAAGUUGGUUUUUGUUAUGAGAAAUUGGAUGCAGCUGUGCUGUUAAGCAUUUCACGAAACUUGUUACGUAUGGAGCGAGCAUCACAAAGAGCACGUGUUGAAUUCCUUCAACCAUAGAUGUCGUACUAGGUUCCUGUUGGGUACUCUAUAAAGUUGCAUGAAAUUAUUAAAGACACUUAUUUGUAUUUAUUUGUUAAAUGCUAUACUUAUAGUAUAUAUUUUCUUUUAUAUUUUAAACUUAUCUGUACCUUAACUUUGAAGGAGAGGGAUUCAAUUUGUUAGGUAUAAAAACAUAUUUAACCUUUUAUUUUUUCCCAA